ACCCCUCCCCGCCGCCCCGCGCACGCACGACACACACACACACACCCCGCACGGGCACCGCGGGAAGAUGCCCUUUGCCCGGGGGGGCGAAGCCGGGGGAGCAUCUCGUCGCCGGGAGUGAAGCCGCGGCCGCCGGGGCCUCCCGGCCCGCAGCGGGGGGCGCCGGUGCUUCCCCUCCGCCCCAAGACGCGCACCCCGAGGAGGAGGAGGAGGAAGAGGUGGAGGAGGAGGAGGAGGAGGAGGAGGGCGCCGUCUCCGCAGCAGCAGCAGCAGCCAUGGGAAGGAUUUGACAGGGCUCGGAGCGCUUCCCAGCCGCCCCGCGGCGGUGCCGGUGUGUAGGGGCGCGCGUCCCGCCCGCCGCCCCUUGGCGCAGCGGAGGAGAAGGGGGCGACGAUGAAGACUUUAGUUUUUUUGAAUCACUGAAAAGCCUUAAAAGGAGACUCGUAAUAAUAAUCAUUAAAAAAGAAACCCCAAUGCAAACUGAAACAACCAUGUCUGGAGAAGUGCGUUUGAAGCAGUUGGAGCAGUUUAUUUUGGAUGGGCCAACUCAGACUAAUGGGCAAUGCUUCAGUGUGGAAACCUUGCUGGAUAUACUCAUCUGCCUUUAUGAUGAAUGUAAUAAUUCCCCUCUGAGAAGAGAGAAGAACAUCCUUGAGUAUCUGGAGUGGGCCAAACCUUUUACAUCUAAAGUGAAGCAGAUGCGACUACAUAAAGAAGAUUUUGAAAUCCUGAAGGUGAUAGGUCGAGGAGCCUUUGGGGAGGUUGCAGUAGUAAAACUGAAGAACGCAGAUAAGGUUUUUGCCAUGAAGAUACUUAAUAAGUGGGAGAUGCUGAAGAGAGCUGAAACAGCCUGUUUUCGAGAAGAGAGAGAUGUGUUAGUGAAUGGAGAUAACCAGUGGAUCACAACAUUACAUUAUGCAUUCCAGGAUGAAAACUAUUUAUACCUGGUUAUGGAUUACUAUGUUGGAGGAGACCUGCUUACAUUGCUCAGCAAGUUUGAGGACAGACUACCUGAAGAUAUGGCUCGUUUUUAUUUGGCUGAAAUGGUGAUAGCUAUUGAUUCAGUUCAUCAGUUGCAUUAUGUUCACAGGGAUAUUAAACCAGACAACAUCUUGAUGGAUAUGAAUGGACAUAUUCGAUUAGCAGAUUUUGGUUCUUGUCUGAAACUGAUGGAAGAUGGAACGGUCCAAUCUUCAGUGGCAGUUGGAACACCAGACUACAUCUCUCCAGAAAUCUUGCAGGCCAUGGAAGAUGGAAAAGGGAAGUAUGGGCCCGAGUGUGACUGGUGGUCCCUAGGCGUUUGCAUGUAUGAAAUGCUUUAUGGAGAAACGCCCUUUUAUGCUGAGUCCUUGGUGGAGACCUAUGGGAAAAUAAUGAACCACAAAGAGAGGUUUCAGUUUCCUGCUCAAGUGACAGAUGUCUCUGAAAGUGCAAAGGACCUCAUCCGAAGGCUCAUUUGUAGCAGAGAGCAUCGGCUUGGACAGAAUGGGAUAGAAGACUUCAAGAACCAUCCGUUUUUUGCUGGGAUUGAUUGGGACAACAUUAGGAACUGUGAGGCACCUUACAUCCCAGAAGUCAGCAGCCCCACUGAUACAUCAAACUUUGAUGUGGAUGAUGACUGCCUAAAAAAUUCUGAAACAAUGCCUCCACCAUCACACACUGCAUUUUCUGGCCACCAUUUACCAUUUGUGGGUUUCACAUAUACAAGUAGCUGUGUACUUUCAGACCGCAGCUGUCUAAGACUGACAGCUGGACCACCCUCCAUGGAUCUUGACGCCAGCAUUCAAAGAACUUUGGAGGAUAGUUUAGCAACAGAAGCUUAUGAAAGGAGAAUAAGACGUCUAGAACAGGAAAAGCUUGAACUUAGUAGAAAACUACAAGAAUCCACCCAGACAGUCCAGGCUCUGCAGUAUUCAACAGUAGAUGGCCCAAUAACAGCAAGCAAAGAUUUAGAAAUUAAAAGUUUGAAAGAAGAAAUUGAAAAGUUGAAGAAACAGGUAACAGAUUCUGGUCAACUAGAACAGCAACUUGAGGAGGCCAGCACUGCAAGGCGGGAGUUGGAUGAUGCUUCCAGACAAAUAAAGGCUUUUGAGAAACAGGUCAAAACGCUGAAGCAAGAGAGGGAAGAUCUUAAUAAGGAACUGGCAGAGUCUAGUGACAGAUUAAAAUCCCAAGCCAAAGAGCUGAAAGAUGCACACAGCCAGCGGAAAUUGGCAAUGCAGGAGUUCUCAGAGAUGAACGAGCGGCUGACAGACUUGCACUCUCAAAAACAAAAGCUUGCCCGCCAGCUCCGAGAUAAGGAGGAAGAAAUGGAAGUGGUGAUGCAAAAAGUAGAAAGUUUAAGGCAAGAGUUACGCAGAACAGAGAGACUUAAAAAAGAACUGGAAGUCCAAGCUGAAGCCGCAGCUGCUGAGGCAUCCAAAGACAGGAAAUUGCGAGAGAGGAGUGAACAGUACUCUAAACAGUUGGAAAGCGAAGUAGAAGGGCUAAAGCAAAAACAGGUUGGUCGCUCACCUGGGGUAAGCAGUAUAGAACACCAGCAAGAGAUCACGAAAUUAAAGGCAGACCUGGAAAAAAAAAGUGUUUUCUAUGAAGAGGAACUAUCUAAACGUGAAAUAAUGCAUGCUAAUGAAAUAAAAAGUCUGAAGAAAGAACUGCGGGAUGCAGAGAGCCAGCAGCUUGCCCUCAAGAAGGAGAUCAUGAUUUUGAAAGACAAGUUGGAGAAAACCAGAAGAGAAAACCAAAGUGAGAGAGAGGAAUUUGAAACAGAGUUCAAACAGAAGUAUGAAAGAGAAAAGAAUCUGCUGACAGAGGAAAACAAAAAACUUUCAAAUGAACUUGAUAAGCUCACCACCAUGUUUGAGAGGCUGAGUAUGAAUAACCGGCAGCUGGAAGAAGAGAUGAGGGACCUGGCUGAUAAAAAGGAGUCCGUGGCCCACUGGGAGGCCCAGAUAACUGAGAUCAUCCAGUGGGUAAGUGAUGAAAAAGAUGCUCGAGGUUACCUUCAAGCCUUGGCCUCUAAAAUGACAGAAGAACUAGAGGCCCUGAGGAACUCCAGUUUGGGUGCAAGAGCUACAGACAUGCCCUGGAAGAUGCGUCGCUUUGCAAAACUGGAUAUGUCUGCAAGGUUGGAACUACAGUCUGCGCUUGAUGCUGAGAUCCGAGCCAAACAGGCUAUUCAAGAUGAGUUGAAUAAAGUCAAAGCUUCCUGUAUCUCUACAGAGUGUAAAUUGCAAGAAUCUGAGAAGAAGAACAUGGAACUGCUGACAGAUAUUGAAAGGCUGAAAAAGGAGACAGAAGAGCUUAGAACAGAAAAGGGUGUAAAGCACCAAGACUCACAGAAUUCUUUCUUGGCAUUUUUGAAUGCGCCUACCUCUGCUCUGGAUCAAUUUGAAGAUUCCUUUUCCUCCUCUUCAUCCUCAUUGAUUGAUUUUAUGGAUGACCGCUCUCCUUCCUGUAUUCCAGCUAACAAAGGCAGACGUAUUGAUUCAGUUGAGAAUUUUACAUUGUCUAAUACUCCAUCACGGGAUGAAGAUAGCAAGUCUCACCUCCAUUCAAGAUCAAGGUCUCCUUCUACAGCUAGUGAGAUUGAACCAAUUGAGGUUACCGAUCAUCCUCCCCGUUCAAUUCACACACCAACCAUGAGGACAACAUAUAUUGGAUCGGGACUCUCUGCACCAAAGCCUAAAGCCCACCAGUUUGUAGUGAAAUCAUUUAAUACACCAACAAAAUGCAACCAAUGCACAUCUCUGAUGGUUGGUUUAAUACGACAGGGCUGUACUUGUGAAGUAUGUGGAUUCUCUUGCCAUGUGACCUGUGCAGACAAGGCUCCUGCUGUAUGUCCAAUCCCUCCUGAACAGACUAAGGGACCUUUGGGAAUAGAUCCACAGAAGGGCAUAGGAACAGCUUAUGAAGGACAUGUCCGAGUACCAAAACCAGCUGGAGUAAAGAAAGGCUGGCAGAGAGCACUGGCAGUGAUCUGUGAUUUUAAACUCUUCCUAUAUGAUGUAGCAGAAGGAAAAGCAUCCCAGCCCAGCGUGGUAGUGAGUCAGGUCAUAGAUAUGAGGGAUGAAGAAUUCUCAGUGAGUUCUGUCUUGGCCUCAGAUGUCAUCCAUGCAAAUCGAAAAGAUAUCCCCUGUAUCUUCAGGGUUACAGCUUCCCAGCUCUCUGCAUCCAGUAAUAAGUGUUCAAUCCUGAUUCUAGCAGACGGUGAGAAUGAAAAAAGCAAGUGGGUAGGAGUGCUGAAUGAAUUGCAUAGGAUCUUGAAGAAGAACAAACUCAAAGACCGCUCAGUCUAUGUUCCCAAAGAAGCUUACGACAGCACCUUACCCCUCAUCAAAACAACACAGUCAGCAGCAAUCAUAGAUCAUGAAAGAAUAGCUCUGGGGAAUGAAGAAGGGUUGUUUGUUGUGCACGUCACCAAAGAUGAGAUUAUCCGUGUUGGUGACAAUAAGAAGGUUCAUCAGAUUGAGCUUAUCCCAAAUGAACAGCUCAUUGCCGUAAUCUCAGGACGAAACCGUCACGUGCGGCUUUUCCCUAUGGCUGCCCUGGAUGGAAGGGAGACUGAGUUUUACAAGCUGGCAGAGACAAAAGGCUGUCAGUCGAUAGUUUCUGGACAUGUGCGCCACGGAGCUCUUACCUGCCUGUGUGUAGCUAUGAAAAGGCAGGUCCUCUGUUAUGAACUAAAUCAGAGUAAGACACGUCACAAAAAGAUCAAGGAGAUCCAGGUCCAGGGGAAUGUCCAGUGGAUGUCAAUCUUCAGUGACCGUCUUUGUGUGGGCUACCCGUCAGGUUUCUUAAAAUAUCCCCUUCACGGAGAAGGCAGCCCAUACAGUCUGCUCCACCCAGAUGACCACACACUAUCGUUUAUCUCACAGCAGCCAACUGAUGCCAUCUGUGCAGUCGAAAUCUCAAAUAAAGAAUACCUGCUGUGUUUUAGCAGCGUAGGGGUUUACGUUGACUGCCAGGGCCGAAGAUCUCGACAACAAGAAUUGAUGUGGCCCGCAACUCCAUCUUCUUGCUGUUACAAUGCACCAUACCUCUCUGUGUACAGUGAAAAUGCAAUCGAUGUCUUUGAUGUGAACUCCAUGGAGUGGAUUCAGACUAUUCCUCUCAAAAAGGUACGACCCUUGAAUACAGAAGGAUCAUUAAACCUUUUAGGCCUGGAGACAGUUAGAUUAAUAUAUUUCAAAAACAAAAUGGCAGAGGGUGAUGAACUGGUAGUUCCUGAGACAUCAGACAACAGCCGGAAGCAGAUGGUUCGAAACAUCAACAACAAGCGCCGCUAUUCAUUCAGAGUACCAGAGGAGGAGAGGAUGCAGCAGAGGAGGGAGAUGCUACGUGAUCCAGAAAUGAGAAAUAAAUUAAUUUCUAACCCAACUAAUUUUAAUCACAUAGCACAUAUGGGUCCAGGAGAUGGUAUACAGAUUCUCAAAGACCUGCCAAUGCAACAGCAAGGGUGGCAGGCCCGUAUGACACCAUGUAAGGAAGGUGCUCAGAGGACUGGGGGUGACAAUAAUCUUCGGCCUCAGGAAAGUCGGACCGUGUUCAGUGGCUCUGUCAGUAUCCCAUCGAUCACGAAAUCCCGCACAGAGCCAGGACGAUCGAUGAGCGCGAGCAGCGGGUUAGCAGCACGAUCGUCUGCACAGAACGGCAGUGCUUUGCGGAGGGAAUUCUCGGGCGGUAGCUAUGGAGCGAAGCGUCAGCCUAUGGCAUCGCCCUCAGACGGUUCCUUGUCCUCUGGUGGCCUGGACCAGGGCAGCGAUGCACCAACAAGGGACUACGAGCGAGAGGACUCUGACUCUCCAAGACACUCUACUGCAUCGAACAGCUCCAACCUCAGCAGCCCUCCCAGCCCUGUUUCUCCUCACAAGACCAAGAGCCUCUCCCUGGAGAGCUCUGACCACGUGAGUUGGGACUCAUGAACUGCUUCAGCAUUCAGAUUUGACAUCACAGCAGCUUGCUGUCCCCAUGGCUGUCCCCUUCACUUGUUCCAGUUCUCACCUUCAUCAUCCUAACCCUCCCCAUUCCCUGGCUGAAAGUGAUCUGGGAGCGGGGUGCAGAGGAAGGUAAAAGCUGGUCAUCUUCAGCUCCGUUCGGCACUGCCUCACAAUCCCUUCCCCAGAUUUGACAGCAGCAAACCAGCAAAGUUAGGGUGUUGGUAAAUAUCAGAUGCUGUAGAUUUGUAUUAGUAUUGGUUUCAUUUUUGUGGUUACAGCUGCUUCAUUUUUAAAGACAUAUUUAUCCCACCCCUCUUCCACUUCCCAAAAAGUAGCUUAAGUAGACCAGAGCAGUAUCAACAAGAGAAAAUUCAGAGGGAUUUUGUUUUCAUACAAUAGCUCAUUGUACUGUACAAAAGUAGCACAGAGACCCCUUCCCCUGCAUGGGGAAUGAUCAGUAUGUCAGAGGCACAUAAAAGCUUUCAGCCGCCACGUUUGAAUGUCAAUCUGAUUGUCGCCAGCAAAUCCUUAUUGAUUAAAAUGAUGCAUAUUUUACUACAGUACAGAGUUUAAAUAAAUACGCAGAUGUUAGAGUAAAAUACGUAUGUAUAUAUUCAAAGAAAAAAAAAAAAAAAGCAUUGUGUAUGCAGCAGAAGAUGGAUGCUUAUUUAAGAGAGCCUUUAAUUUAAGAUUUGUGUUGUCCCUGUUUUCAUGCUCGGUAAUAUACAGACUUGGAGGCCUGGCCUAAAACCUUUCGCAGGACAGAUUUGCCUUUUGCGUAGCACUCGCGGCGCUGCCGGGCGAGGUCCCUGCAGCGCUUUCACCACAUUUCCUUACUUCUGGUGGUAGCGUGACUGAAGCUGUAAUUCCUCCUUUCCUGUUACUCCCCAUCCUUGGCAAAACCAGCGACGAUCGGGGACGAUCGGGAAGCGACCCCCUGCCCCGCCAGCCCAGGGCCCCGCCGGCCCCGCGCUGCCCCCGUUUCUCGCGUGCUAGCUGCGCGGCUGAGCAGCCUGACGGCGUGCUACAGUAGAGGUAAGCAAGGCAGCAAGGGAGCUCAGUGCAGCAGGAUUCUGCAGGAAAACUGUUUCCCUGGGUCAGCCUCUGAGCAGGUUUAACUCGGACGGGAGCAGUCUUCCGCGUCUCCUUGACCAUCCCUAACCAGAAAACUGUUACUGUUGUUACCAAAUACUGGUUGCUAAUACACAUCAGCCACACGAGUGCCCUUAGCCCGAAGCUAGCCGUGGCUGGCUAUGCUGUCACUGUAGCAACGAAGAACCUUGAAGACUGACCUCACACUGUUCACACUGUGGUAGUCGAAGAUGCCUCGUCACCCACAACUGCCAUGCUGGCAAGGUUGGUUUUCCUCUCCCUCCCUACCCGCGCUGUGGGUUUGUGCAAUUUGCAGUUGUCUCUAUGUGCUCACCUGCUGGUUGGUUCCAAUAGCUGGUCAGGCUGGAGGGCAGAAGGUACUGCUGUGGAAGAGAGAGAGCCUGCUGAAGUUGCAAAAAUAAUAAAAAGCUGGAGCUGGUCAUGCAGUCAACAGAGUAGUGAGAGACUGACGUACAAAUGGAUGGUAAGAGGAGGAUGGGCGUUCUCUUUAGUUAGCAAGGCAGAUGUGUUUUUCAUUUGGGGGUGUGUUGAAAUGAGCCUCUCUUCUCAGUAGUAUUGUUGCUGGCUUUAUACUAUGACCAUACUAAAACAUGUAAGGGCUUUCUGUAUUUAGAAUACUGGUUUUUGUGGGUUUCAGAAACUCGUUAUGGCUCUUAUUAAACCAUUCCCAAUUCUUGCAGUCAGCAGUAUAUAGUGUUUCACCCACGCAGAGAUGUUUGGAGUUUUCCAGUUUCCGUCUUCCCUAAUAGAAGUUGUAGGUAAGUUCAAACCAUGUACAGUGAUUUCCAGUUAUGAUCUAAAUGUGAAACAGGGAAUGAGACACAUCAUCUACUCCAUUUAAUCGUGCUGGGUCUCCUAGGUAAGAUUUCUCUUUCACUCUGACUCAAGAGGCUUGUCCAAGUUUAAGCUCAUUCAAUGUUUUUUUGGGACAGGAAUUGAAGAAAUUUUUUUUAGAAGCCAUCAUAUCAAAAGCCUGUCUCUCUCCCGUUUGGGUUUUUCAGAGUAGCAAGCUGGUUGUGUAUGUUUUCACUUCAAAGCUACUACUUUUGCAAGCCCGGUAUUUCAUUAUUAAAAGCUUUAGCAAACAGCUAAACACUUGAAUUAAUUCCUCCCGGAAAAGUUUUCUGUCUUUCAGAGGGACAGAUAGGCAGGGCGUUAUUGGCAUGAUUAAAAUUCCACACCAGCUUCUUUUUAAAGGCUGCAUAUUGCUUCAAGUAUAGCCACUGCUUUUUCCCCCCAAUUCCCUCCUUUUGGUGAAGCAUGUCCACACACUUUUCAAAGCCUUUGCAGACUAGUUUUGUAUUUACUGUAUGUUGUAUUUAAACAUUAAUCUUGUUUUGUUGUUGAGAGAAGGCAUUUAAACAGCAGUCAUUAAGACAGAGCAGCCUGCGUGACAGCCCCAAGAGAGGGUCACAGGAUCUUUUUUGUGGACUUUUUUUUGCAGUUGAGCUAAUGCUCUAGCUGAAAAUGGAACCCAAAAAACCACAAUACAACAAAUAAUUAAAUGGAGUAAACCCCUAUGUUUACUCCAUGAUGGUGCCUGCAGUCUGUUGAUAUAAAACUGACAUUUUCAGGCAGAGUGUAGGUCAGUCGUGUUACAAAACUAAGCUCCAAAUGAGAAGAGCUCUACAGGCCUACGCUGUUUGUACACCACAAUUUCUAACCCUUGGGAGUCUCCUUUAGGAUUACUGUAUUUAAUCAUUAGUUUGGUACUUGCAUUUUUAUAUGCAUCUGUUCAAAAGAGAAACAGCAACUGUUCUCUCAGUUGAAAAGCAAAUGACCACAUCACUUAUUUGAAAAGAGAAAAAUUGUCCUAAGACUUGAAUAAUUUUAUAUAUUUGGGGACCAUUCAAUUAUAUGCUCAAUUUUAAACCACACUCCUUUUUUUUUGUUGGUAAUGAACACUGAAGACAUGCAUACUAUAGUUGAGCUUUUUAAAUACUCAUUGGGCUAGGAGAAGUAACUCGGUCAUUUGAACUGUAAGACUCUUGACUGGUAUCUCAAAGGCAGUUGUCUCUUAAGGUUUGAUGUUUGCUACUUUGCACUGUAGCAUUGCUUCAACUUCACAGUUAGAGGGCUGCGUUCUGUUCAGGGAGCUUAAAAUCUCCCACUGGAUUUUUGACUGUAGCCAGUGUUCUCUGGACACAGGAUGUAUCUAGCCGAUUUUUUCCUUUUGGCUGAGACUGAAGGUGUUUGCAUUUUUGACACUGCUUAAACGUAUGGGGUGUUGAGUUUCUGCAUUAUUUUUUUUUUUUCUAUUUUGAAGGCAACAAAGGAUCUGAACAGAUUCAGGCAGCUACUAAGGAUUCCAGGUUAUAGAAUGGAAAAGGUUUGGUAAAUAGUUGUCCCCUGCAUGUGUGCGCACACAUACAUGGCUUCCUUCCACCUUUCAUAAACCCAAAAGCAGGGUGAUAGUACUCUCUUCUCUCUUGCCUUUGACCUGUGGAAGACAGCUGGUAGUUUCAAAACAAAACAAAAAAAUAACAAUUCCUGAGGCUGUGGUGAAGUAGUUGCUUCUUUUCCUCUUGGUUAGUUGCUGUGGCUUGUUAUGAAUGUGCGUUUUGCCCAUUUUAACAAGUUUCAAAGCUCAGUCAGGAAUAUUAUCUCUAUGAUAAAAUUCCAAGCCAGGUGUGUUAUUCUCAGGUAUAUGGCAGAGGGAAGUUAAAGUCCAAACAGGAGAUUUUAUUUAUAGAAAUGUAGUUUAACCACACCUAACAGGUUCACAGAGUGUGUCAGCCUUUCAAAACAACAGUUGGAGUAUUAACAUAGAAACAGCUUCUGGCAUCAUUUUGUCUUGCGUGGCCAGACCCUGAAUGCCAGGACAAACAUGCUCUUGGGUGGAAGAAUAUGGUUGGUUGUUUUUUUCCAUUUAUGCACAUUGUUUCAUUUUAAAUGAAUACAUUAAGGGUAAAACUGAUUGCAGUGCAAGCACCCGCACCUCCUGAGCCUUAGCCUGAGAAUCAAAGUGGCACAUAGGAGCUUCUGCUGUGGUUUUUUUGUUUCUAGGAAUCAGUUCCAUGGAGGAAAUGAGACAGCUUUCUGCACUAACACAAACUGCACCCUUCUGCGUGCUUUGUGUUCACACUGUAUCUGAUAGACACCCCCAAAACCACUCUGCUGCAGGCUUACCAGUCAAAAUUCCAACUCUGUCUUUCAUUCCAGCCGCAGCUCAGUACAACCUCUUUUCAUUCUGCAUUUAAAGUCUCACCCACAGGGAAGAAAUCCACAAGCAAACCAGUGUUGCUAUUUCAGAGCAAUUAUACCUGCCUUUUUAUGUACAACAGUUUCAUAUCAUUUAUUUUUAAUUUUUUUUUUUUUUUUUAGGUUUUUCAUUGUAAUAUUAUUGUACAGUUUUGCAUGGCAUAGAUGUAAUCACUUUUUUGUUUGAGUAUAAAAGCUGACAAGUGUGCGUGUGGGGGAAAGAUUCUGCUUUUUGCCUCUUCUCACUAUUUUGUUUAAUGCCCUCAAUGUUUUAGGGGACAUUGUAAGAGAUUCUCUGCUACAGAACAAUGAUGUAGAUUCUUUUGCACAGAAAUAUUUAAGGUGGAAAAGUCAACAAUGUAAAAAUGACUUACCACCAAUAUUUUAUGUUGGUAACACACUUAAUAUUAACCUACUUUGAUGUACUGCAAUAAAACAGGGAACUGUUAGAAA